GGGUCGGGGGCUGCCGCUCGGACCCCGCAGCUGGGAUACCGGCUCGCUGCCUGGCGGGGGCCGGUGCUGUGGCUGCCCCUUUGACUCUCCUUUCCAAACCCCGCGUGUUUUGCUUCCAGAGCGUUCCUCGACCUGGUGGGCCUGCCCGAAGACAUGACUACGCAGUACAGCAUUCUCUUCAAGCAAGAGCAAGGUGAUGUUCUUGCCAAGUCUAGAUUUUGAGUGGAUUUAAAAAACUCUAGCAGUAUUUAAACUGAGAUGAUGAGAUGUGGCUGUAAUGAUGCAGCAUUAGCCUUCGUUAACUUCACUCAUGAUGAUGCCAUCUGGUCAGUUGCAUGGGGAAAGAAUAAGAAAGAUGGUUCUGAAACAGUAAUCUCAGGCUCUUUAGAUGAUUUAGUGAAAGUCUGGAAAUGGAAUGAUGAAAAAUUAGACCUACAGUGGACAUUAGAGGGUCAUCAACUGGGUGUGGUGUCCGUGGAUAUCAGCCACACUGGUUCCAUUGCAGCAUCCAGUUCCCUCGAUGCUCAUAUUCGCCUUUGGGAUUUAGAAACUGGCAAACAAAUCAAGUCAAUAGAUGCUGGUCCUGUUGAUGCCUGGUCCUUGGCUUUUUCACCAGACUCCCAAUAUCUUGCAACAGGAAGUCAUGUGGGAAAAGUAAAUAUUUUUGGUGUUGAGACUGGGAAAAAAGAAUAUUCCCUGGACACUAGAGGAAAAUUCAUCCUUAGCAUUGCAUAUAGUCCAGAUGGAAAAUAUUUAGCGAGUGGAGCAAUAGAUGGCAUUAUCAAUAUUUUUGAUAUUGCAACUGGAAAACUUCUGCACACGCUAGAAGGCCAUGCAAUGCCCAUUCGCUCAUUGACAUUUUCUCCAGAUUCCCAGCUACUUGUCACAGCUUCAGAUGAUGGAUAUAUCAAAAUUUAUGAUGUGCAACAUGCAAACUUGGCAGGGACUCUAAGUGGUCAUGGAUCCUGGGUAUUAAAUGUGGCAUUUUGUCCUGAUGAUACCCAUUUCGUUUCCAGUUCAUCUGACAAAAGUGUAAAAGUUUGGGAUGCUGGAACAAGGACCUGUGUUCACACUUUCUUUGACCAUCAGGAUCAGGUCUGGGGCGUGAAAUACAAUGGAAAUGGUUCCAAAAUUGUAUCUGUUGGAGAUGACCAAGAAAUCCAUAUAUAUGACUGUCCAAUUUAAAUACCCUGAAGCAAUCCUGGUGGCCAACUAAUCUACAGGUUUUCAGAAAUACUGAUUGCACUUCUCGCGUUGCCACUUAAAAAAUGCUUCUUAUUUUGUUAAUGUGAUAACAUUUUAAUAAUGCUCUUCUGAAUCUUGAACUCUGACAUCAAUAGAAAAAUGCAAAUACUCAUACCAUUUAUAUGUAUUUUUGUCUUAGGUUUGGCAUGAAAGAAUUUACAUUUUUAAAUAAAUGAAAUAACUAUUGUAGCUACAAAA